AUGGACGCUCUCAAGUCGGCGAUUGCGCCGCUCAAACCCAUCACCAACUCUCUCCCGCAGCCCAUCCAUGACCUCGGCGCCUCCAUCAUCGGCUCGACCUGCUACAAGACACUGAUCCUCGACCUCGAUCCAACAGACAGCGAGUGUGUUAAGCUCGCCAUCUCAAAGGGAUUGGGUAUCGGCAUUAUCGCUGCCUCGUCCAUUGUCAAGGUCCCCCAGAUAAUCAAGCUCCUAAACUCGCGCUCCGCGUCUGGAGUCAGCUUCCUGUCGUACCUCCUCGAGACCUCCUCGUACCUCAUCAGUCUGGCGUAUAACUUUCGCAAUGGCUUUCCUUUCUCGACGUAUGGAGAGACUGCCUUGAUUAUGGGACAGAACGUUGUCAUCACCAUUUUGGUGCUUAACUACAGUGGCAAGCAGAGCACUGCCGCCUUGUUCGUUGCUGCACUCGCCGCCGCAGCGUUCAGUCUCUUCGCAGAGAACCUCGUGGACAGAAAGACGUUGGGUCUACUGCAAGCUGGUGCCGGUGUCCUAGGCGUCGGUAGCAAGAUUCCGCAGAUCUUGGCUAUCUGGCAACAGGGUGGUACUGGCCAGUUGAGUGCUUUUACUGUCUUCAACUAUCUGGCCGGCUCGCUCUCCCGAAUUUUCACCACAUUACAAGAGGUUGAUGACAAGCUGAUCCUGUAUGGUUUUAUUGCUGGAUUCGCUCUCAACCUAGUCCUCGCUCUCCAGAUGGUGUAUUACUGGAAUGCCCCUUCAGCAAAGGCACGAGGCAAGAUGAGGGAGGCUCCUGUUGCAGCUGCUCCCACAAACUCUGGCUCGUCAAGUGCGACACCGAAGAGCAAAGGCCCUACAACUCGUCGCCGGGGCUAG